AUGUCUUCUGAUACGCCCGAACAAGCUAUGCCUCAACAAACUACUUCCAACCCUACCUUCCAAGUAGACAUGACAUGGAAGAAAUUCAAAGCCAUCAUCUCGGACAUCAAUAGCCCAGGCAAAGACCCAAAAUACAUCGUCGACUUCCCAUGGAACCUGCUCCCAAAAUCAGAAAGUAUGAUCGUGAAAAGAGCCUCGGACGAAGAAGUCGUCGGAACAGGCAAGCUCUCAAUGGUCUCAAUCAACGCCAACUACAAGUUCCACGGACAGAAAGGAACGUUGCUAGCCCAGAAACGCUGGCAAACAGUCUAUACCCACCGUUCUCUCAACUUUUCCGACACCGACACCCCAGUCACCAUGACCUGGACAAGCGACUGUGGAUUCAAGACGUGGGACUUCAUCUGCGUUGAUGAGAAUCAGAAUCCUGUUGCUAGGUUCUGCGCCAACCAAUGGGCUGUCUCUAAGGUUGGAAAGAUUGAGUUUGAUGGCCCCAAGGCUCAUAGCCAGGCUGCCCAGGAGGAGAUAUUUGUGGUUGGGCUGACGCUGUUCUAUACGAUGGUGCUUCGUGCCACCAACAUUCUCAACUUCUUUGGUGCUAUCUUUGCUCGGCCUGGACAUAAGGAGCAUAUGGAGCCUGAGCCUCGGCCGCUGAAGGUGGCUAGUGAGGAAACUGGCCCGCAAGCCAUUCAUUCCUGA